ACCGGCGGCAGUAGCACAGUUAGCUAGCUAGCGAUCUAUUCAGGUUAGUCAUCAUUAACUAGAUUAAUCUAGCACGUAUCUCCUCCUUCCUCGUUUGGAUUUGUAUUACAAAAUCGUCAAGAACAGAUGGGUCGUGUUGGUCUUGUAGCGAACAUUUAGUUAGGCGAUCUGCGACUGUCGCCGGGUGAAGAUACAGUUUGCCGGCUAACGUUGGCUAGCUCAAGAGGAGACAACAAAAUGUCCCGUUGGAUACCACCAAUAAAAUUGUCAGGGCAUAGGUUGGUACGACUUGAAAAAUACCCUUCGAGUUACUCCUAAUAAGUUACUCUAGCUAACUGUCGGGGAAAACCAACGAGAACCGAAUCGGACAGUAUACAACCGAGGCAUAGUAGUCAGUCUAGUCUGCUAGUUAGCUAACGUUAUCCAGCUUGCUUUGCGAACUCGGGCUGAAUCUAAUAAGCAGUUUGGUAAAAGAGUACGCGCUAUUAAACCGAUCGUAUUAUGCUGGACAUGACGCCUAUACGACUGUCCGGCUCGGAAUGGGACCGAGGCCGGGAGCCGAAUCCUGAAGCGGAAGAUUCGGAUCCACAGCAUUCUCAAUCCGAACGCAUGCGUUCGGUGAACUCGGGGAAAUUCUACCGGCUCUGCAGCAGAGACGAGAAGGAGCGCGCCGCGGCUUUGGAGGCUCUGACCAAAAAUGUCCUGUCGUGUGUGGACCAGUACCAAGGCGAUUCGGCCGGGCUCGAUAAGGACACCCUUUUGCAGCUCCUGCGGGUGUCCAAGACCUGUCCGUUCCCGGACAUCAGGGAGAGAGCAGCGGAGCUACUAAAAGCCGCUCAGGAACAUGGUGUUGAAACCCCUCAGGCUUUGGCCUCAGGACCCAGUGCUUUCGUCCCAAAAGAGGAGAUUUUGCAGGAGGGUGAAGAACAGCCAGUGCUGAUGGAGGCAUUCCUUUCUAUGGGGCGGGUGGACCACGUGACCAUGGUGAUGGCCCUGCACCCAGCUUACCUGAACUGUUUCUUGCGCACCCAGCAUGCCUUGCUUCAGUUGGACGGCCCUUUGCCCUGCCACUGGAGGCACUACAUUGUGAUUAUGGCGUCCGCGCGUCACCAGUGUUCGCACCUGGUGCAGCUCCACAGCAGCGGCUUCCUGCAGGCCGGAGGGGACGAGCGCUGGCUGCAGGGCCUGCACUGCGCCCCACCCAAAUUACGCAGGCUCAGUCUGAUCAAUAAGCUGCUGGCUCACCGACCCUGGCUGCUCAGCCGAGAGCACAUUCAGGAGCUGGUAGGUCCAGGUGACGAGGACCGCUGGUCGCUGGCUGAACUGAUCCAAGCUGUUGUCCUGUUGGUUCACUCCCACUCCCUGUCUUCAUUCAUCUGGGGGUGUGGGGUCAACCCUGAGCCCGACCACACUGGAGGGCACGCCUUCCGCCCCCCCUCGCCCUCCUCUUACUCCCGCCACAGCCCCCACAGUCCCGCACACGAGGACGGCACUGGCAGGCAGGAGUGGUCAGAUGCAGUCAGCGAGGUGGAGCUCUUGAUGAAGAGGAUGCAGCUGCUACAGCAGCAGGAGGAAGAGUUCAGCCAGGAGGAAAUGGUGACACGUUUUGAGAAGGAGAGGACAGAGAGUCUGCUAGUCACACCCUGCGAUGACGAGCCACAGACCCCUCCUGAGAGCGUGUCUCACUUUGUGGAGGACGCAGAUUUUGGGUAUCAGGACUUCGCCCCCAGAGGAGAACAGGCGCCCCCCACCAUGCGUGCUCAGGACUACUCGUGGGAGGACCAUGGCUUCUCCCUGAUGAACCGGCUGUACCCGGACAUGAGCCAGCUGCUGGACGAGAAGUUCCAGGUGGUGUCAGGCCUGACCUACCACACCAUGGCCAUGCACCGCGGCGUGGACACCUUCAUGCUGCGCAAAGCCAUCUGGAACUACAUCCACUGCGUCUUCGGCAUCAGGCAUGAUGAUUACGAUUACGGCGAUGUGAACCAGCUGCUGGAGCGCAGUCUGAAGGUGUACAUUAAGACGGUGGCGUGCCACCCGGAGAAGACCACGCGCAGGAUGUACUGCGGGUUCUGGAGACACUUCCGUCACUCAGAAAAGGUGCAUGUGAACCUGCUGCUUCUGGAGGCCCGCCUGCAGGCGGCUCUGCUGUAUGCGCUCCGGGCCAUCGGCCGCUACAUGACAUGACCACAGACGUCCACACGCCACACGCUACUCCAGCCACGACCUCUGCACACGGGGCAGGCCGUGGGACCCGGGAUCUGCACACACCACAUGCUGGGUCUCCACAGCUCUGCUCUAGGACUGCAUGUCCUUUGAUGCCAGCACUCUUUCACUUUUCUUGGGUGGUUUUCUGUAUUUUAGUCUGUUUUUUUUUCCUUUUUCUGAAAAUAAGUUGCACUAGUUAUUAGAGGAGAAACUUGUUUCACCCACACAUGCUUUUAAAUGUGUGCACACACACGCAAAUGCUAAAAUAAUAUGCAUACUCACAACCACUGUAGACACACACAUUCUCUAACCCUGUGUGCAUGCACACAUGCACACUCUUAAACACUGUGAACCCAUGCAACACUACAAACACACACACACACACACACACACACACACCUCCUGUGAAGCACUGUGCGCGCACG